AUGGCCAGUUCGUCUCUUGUGAAGGUGUUGCGAGGUUUCAAGCAACAGCAAGCUCGGUCUCAAUUGUCACUUUGGACCUAUCAAACAACCAAUCGCACAAGCAACUUUUCAACGUACACUGCCACCAGAAUGCCUUCGUCAAAAGGGAAGCCCACCGAUCCUGAGCUGAGGGAGGAGAUCAAGGAAGAAAUUAAGCAAGAGCCUAAUAAGUCUGGCGGCGGCGAGGGACAAUGGUCAGCAUGGAAGGCAUCCAAGCUUGCCAAAGAGUAUGAGAAGCAGGGUGGUGAUUAUGAGAAUGAGGCCGGCUCCAAGAAUGAGCCGAAGAAGGGAGAGCCGGAAAAGAAGAGCGAGUCCAAGAAGAAGAAGGAAACUGAAGAUUAG